AUGAGAACCGGACUCGCCAGCCUUGUGACCUCUGGGCUACUGCUGGUCGUUCAGCAUCCCGGCUUAGGCUUUGCAGCAGGCCUUCAUCCUCAACGCCCUUCCAAUACUGGCAACCGCAACACCCACCUGUUUCCAUUCUUGACCAAACUUCGCGACAGCGCUGUCGAGCUCCUUUUCGGCCGUCAUCCUACGAAAAAUGCCGACCAACAUGCCGUUCCAUUCAGUCUGCGGGCCAGAUACACCAACGAGCUGGUCUUGCGCUUCAAUGUCACCACACCUGAAGAGGAGAUCGCCCUUGCUCAGGCGGCAGCCCGACUUUUUCUAGAUAUUUGGGCAUUCACGGAUGAAUUCGUCGAUAUUCGUAUGCACCGCGAUGAAGUGUCUCCUCUCCUCAGUCUUCUCCCGCCUUCGCUUCAAGUUGCUCAAUCCACCCUGAUAUCCGAUCUCGCCUCCGCUGUCUAUAACUCGAUGCCAUCCUACCAUGAAAAGCCAACAGUUGAGGCUGGUGAAGCACUCUCAGUCUCAACAUCGCCACUUUCAGAAGCAAACGGCAACCUUUUUUUCCAAGAUUACCAACCAUUGCCUGUCAUUGUUCGUUGGAUGCGUCUGCUUGAGGCAAUGUUCCCUUCAUAUGUCGAGUACUUUUCCAUAGGGAAGUCCUUUGAAGGAAGAGAAAUAUCAGCUCUACGUGUUGGGCUGUCCUCAACUAUUGACCCAACGAAGCCGCGAAAGACGAUCGUUGUCACCGGUGGUCUUCACGCCAGAGAGUGGAUCUCAACCAGCACCGUAAAUUAUGUGGCGUGGUCUUUCAUCACAUCCUUUGGAAAAGAGCGAAUGAUAACAAAACUUCUUCACGAAUUCGACAUGGUGUUUGUACCUGUGCUCAAUCCUGACGGCGUGGAUUACUCCUGGCAGGUGGACCGCCUGUGGCGUAAAUCACGACAACAAACAAAUAUUCGGUACUGUCGUGGUCUUGACCUGGACCAUGCGUUCGGAUAUGGAUGGGAUGGCACUCAAGCCCAAGCUGACCCAUGCUCGGAGAGUUAUGGAGGGGAACAGCCUUUUCAGGCUGUGGAAGCAAUGAGGUUAGCAACUUGGGCUCGAAACGAAACUCUUAACAAUGUUAAGUUUGUGGGCCUCGUAGACCUACAUUCUUACUCCCAACAGAUUCUCUUCCCUUACACAUUUUCCUGUCAAGCUAUGCCUCCGAACCUUGAGAACUUGGAGGAGCUUGCGGCUGGAAUUGCAAAGGCUAUCCGCUUGGCAGAUGGGGAGUCGUAUUCUGUCACCUCGGCUUGCGAAGGUGCUACAGGACGACAAGACCAGUUCACGCCGCGUGUUGAAUCAGGAGGCGGGUCUGCAAUUGACUGGUUUUACCACGAGAUGGGCGCGCAUUUCAGCUACCAGGUCAAACUCCAAGACACCGGCACCUACGGUUUCCUUCUGCCCAAAGAAUAUAUCGUCCCCAGUGGAGAAGAAGUCUUUAGUGCUAUGAAGUACUACGGCGACUAUCUUUUAGGAAACAAUGGAAUCGAACGGCUUUUAGAAGAGACGACUCGCGACGAUCAAUUGGAGUCCCCUGCGUACGACGAUGUGCAAAUCAGCCAGGAGCUCAAGCGUCGACGGCUCCGCCGUUGA